GCGCGCAGCGAUUGUCUGUCUGGUCGACUGUAAUGUCCAGGAAUCCGUACACAAGCGCGACAUCUUUCGAGUACGUCUUGUUAUUAUUGUUAUUGUUAUCAUUUUUUUGUGUAACUGAUAAAAAUGAAGUGAAUGAAAUAAUUCAUCUUUGGACACUGGACGUAUCAAGCGCCAAAAAUUGACCAUCCGAAACAGUGAGGUUAUGAGUCACACCAUGUUGGAAUCGCAAGAUUUGAAACUUUUCUCGAUUCAUUUUUGGUACGAAAAGUUCCAAUCUGUCGCGCUCAAAACAAUUCUAAUCGAAAUCCCGCCGAUUUUGUUGCAAAAACUCCAGUCAGAUGAGUCCGAUGUAAACAUCGAAGAAAUCUGUCCGCACGAAUUCGUGACUGAGGUAAAAAAUGCAAUUAACACUUUAGAUAAGAACGUUUUUGUUAAAAACAACUGGCAUGCACCUAUGGAUGCUAAAAUGUUCAGUUUUGGGAACCAGUUGAAAGUUACAAAUUUAGAUGACUUGUCGUUGUUCCUCUCCGCCUCAAAUAUUAUUUCAGAGGACUUUUCAACCCAAAGCAGUAUUCCCUUUUAUAUAGCGUUAAAGCCCUGGAAAAGUAUUCACCCCGCUAGCGAAUUCCGAUGCAUUGUCGUCAACAAAGUCUUAAGAGGUAUAACGCCUAGAGAUUGGCCAACGUAUUAUGCCCAUUUCAAAGAUGAGGGUCCUGUGAUUAUUGAGACUCUUAGCAAUUUUUAUAAGGAAAAUAUUGCGGACGUGUUCCCAAAAAGACACUAUACUUUCGACGUGAUAAUAUCGUUUCCGGACCAACCAUGUAUUAUUGAUUUUGGGCCAUUAAACAGUAAAACGAAUUUAUAUGCAUUUUCUUGGAAAGAAAUUUCUUCUCUGUUUGAUAAGGAAGUACCAGAAGAAGUCGCUCCAAUCUUCAGAUAUUUGGACUCUGAUAUUGGCAUCAUGUCAAGAACUGAUGCAAUUUACAAAUUUGCGAACGCAUUUACUUAAGUCUUGUUGUCAAACAGCGAUUUUUUUUAAUUGAAUAAAAGUUUUUUUUCUUAAAA